AUGAACUCCUCUGGUAGUGAGGACCCCAGUGGUCCGGAACAACCCUCCGAACGCCCAGCCCCCGAUGCUGCUGACAUUCAAGGAUCGACCGCUGGCGCAUCCUCUCAGCUGGCCUCCCCACCGGUCGCAUCGACACCUGGUGCGUCGGGUGCCACUGAAAGUGCCGAAACUCCCAAGAAAAACCGUCUGUUGAUUCCAAUCCCGUCGCGAAGGUCCUCCAAGACCGAUCAACACUCGACAUCGGAGAAGACUGCAGAGGCAACACAGGAUGAAUCUAGUCGGAGAGGAUCCAGGGUCAGCAUCUUGAAGAUCACCAGGGAUCGCAGUCGGGCGAGCAGCAGACGGUCGCGACGGACUCAGCAAGAAGUGGCGAACACGGAGAAGAGCCAGGAGAUGACGGCUCCGACCACACCUGAAACGAACGGACCCUCCAAGCCUCAAGAGAAGAAAGGGCCCAAGCUGUUUGCAUUUUUGAGCUGCUGCUCCUCGCCGGAUGUGGAUGGCGACGAUAGCACUGUGCCUCCGAAGAAGACGUCAAAGCAGCCCCCGGUGUCCAAUCGGCUGCCCACUCCAGACAAAGCAGAGGCUCAUACUGGAGACUCGAGUACCGCUGAAUCCAGAGAUCCGGCUUACUUUGGGGACGAGAAAGCUGUCGCAGUGACAGCAGAUCACCAACAUCCUCAGGAGGAGGAGCGGAAUGCAGAGGUCUCGACUGAUACGCGAGGUGAGGGUGCUUCGGCUGCUGGUGGUCAGCCCGACGUCCAGUCCGUGAGCUCCAAGGAACAUGAGCCUAAGGUUGCUGCGGCAAAUGGAGUAAUACCAGAGUCCAAGACCGAGGUUGCGAGAUCAGAUGAGCAGACUCCCGCGACUGAAAAUGCCACAACAAACGAGACAACCCCCAAGAAGCCCGCGGGUGAAGGUGAGAUUCAGGCGCACGAAGAGGAAGUAGUUCAAGCACCGGCCGUGCUGCCCCCUCCUCCACCACCACCUGCUCCUGAGGUGGCCAUCGCAUCGGAGGGUGAGCAGCAACAGUGGUUGCUUCCACCAGCGCAGCCACACCUGUCGAAUCGCAAGUGUCUUGUGCUGGAUCUGGAUGAGACUCUCGUCCACAGUAGCUUCAAGGUUCUCGAACGUGCUGACUUCACGAUUCCCGUGGAGAUUGAAGGCCAGUAUCACAAUAUUUAUGUGAUCAAACGGCCAGGCGUGGACCAGUUCAUGAAGCGGGUUGGAGAGUUGUAUGAGGUGGUCGUGUUCACGGCAUCCGUAUCCAAGUAUGGCGACCCUUUGCUGGAUCAACUGGACAUUCAUAAUGUGGUGCACCACCGUCUCUUCCGUGAGAGCUGCUACAACCACCAAGGAAACUACGUCAAGGACCUUUCACAAGUCGGCCGCGAUCUACGGGAAACGAUCAUCAUCGACAACUCGCCCACAUCCUACAUCUUCCACCCUCAACACGCGAUACCCAUCAGCAGCUGGUUCUCUGACGCUCACGACAAUGAACUGCUGGACCUCAUCCCUGUUCUCGAGGAUCUUGCUGGGGCCCAAGUCCAAGAUGUCAGCAUGGUCCUGGACAUUACCCUCUGA